ACUGACGACAGGCCCUCCGGGGCCACACCUUCUGGACGCCAUGCUGGCCGCGGGCGGCUCGGGGCUCGCGCUGGGCUUGCGGGCCAGCACUCACGCGUGGCUACAGGCCUCGCGCCGCCAUUCGCGCACUCUGGCGCGCGUCACCGGCGCGCAGGGCAUUGGCUACUGGCGAUCCUCUGCCGGCCCCGGGCCACCCGGGCGGCGGCUCAGCCUGUCUGCAGCCGCAGUGGUGAACUCGGCGCCCCGCCCUCUGCAACCUUACUUGCGCCUCAUGCGGCUGGACAAGCCCAUCGGAACCUGGCUUCUUUAUCUGCCAUGUACUUGGAGCAUCGGUUUGGCAGCUGACCCCGGUUGUUUUCCAGAUUGGCAUAUGUUAUCCCUCUUUGGCAUGGGAGCUGUUCUGAUGCGUGGUGCUGGCUGUACGAUUAAUGACUUGUGGGACCAAGACUACGAUAAAAAGGUUACAAGGACAGCAAAUCGCCCAAUAGCUGCUGGAGAAAUUUCAACUCUUCAGUCCUUUGUUUUUCUUGGUGGGCAGCUGACAUUGGCACUAAGUAUUCUACUUUGUCUGAACUACUACAGUAUAGCUCUGGGAGCAUCGUCUUUACUUCUUGUCGUUACCUACCCCCUAAUGAAAAGAAUUACAUAUUGGCCUCAGCUAGCCUUGGGAAUGACUUUUAAUUGGGGAGCAUUACUUGGAUGGUCUGCUAUCAAGGGCUCCUGCGAUCCAUCUGUUUGCCUGCCUCUUUAUUUUUCCGGAAUUAUGUGGACUCUGAUAUAUGAUACUAUCUAUGCUCACCAGGACAAAAGAGAUGAUGCUCUGAUUGGCCUUAAGUCCACUGCACUCCUGUUCCGUGAGAACACCAAGCAAUGGCUCACAGGCUUCAGUGUGGCCAUGCUGGGGGCUCUGACCCUAGUGGGAGAAAACAGCCAUCAGACUGCACCCUACUACACUGCUCUUGUGGCUGUCGGAGCUCAUCUGGCUCACCAGAUAUACACUCUUGACAUCAACAAGCCUGCAGACUGUUGGGAUAAAUUUACCUCCAACCGGACAAUAGGAAUAAUACUUCUUUUGGGGAUUGUUCUUGGGAAUUUGUGGAAAGAAAAGAAAACAGAUAAAACAAAGAAACAUAUAGAUAAUAGUAUAGAAAAUUGAGUAAUGGAAUCCUGCCUGGGAAUUUUUAUAAAAUACUCUCAGGUCUUGCUACCACACAGUGGGAUUUGAAUAUGAAGAUUUAUGCUAUGCAAAAGUAUUUAGAACCAGGUGAUGACAGUUUAGAGCAUAUUUGCCAAGAUGGUUUAGUAUUUGAACAAGAUAUUUAUAUAUAGUUUAUACUAGCAAAAUUAGUUCCCUGUCACAGAAACCAGGGGAUUCUGAGUUUUGUGAUGGCCUUGAAUAUUUAAACUAAUUAAUUCUGUUCGUUGUAAUUCUUAUUUUAAAUUACAGAGAUUGUAUGAAUUUGGGCACUUUUUAAAAAACUGAUGUACGUUUCAUCUAAGUGAAUGUCUGUACAGGAAACUAGACUCUUUAGGGAAAAAAAAGUUGCGGGGCCUGAUAGCACAUCUGGUUAAGUGCACACAUUACAGUGCUCCAGGCUGUAGGUAUCUCUCUGUCUCUCUCCCUCUUUAUCUCCUUUCCCCUUUCAAUUUCUCUCUGUUUCUAUCCAAUAAUAAAUUAAUAACAUUCAAGUAAAGAAAAGCUGCUACAGAAAGUUCGGAUUUACUCUUUGUUUUUUCUUUCUCCUUUUUUUUUUUUUUACUGUGACCUUUAUGCACUGCCAUAAGCUUUAAUUCACAAUAUCAUUCUGGUUUUUAUAUUUUACAAGGGCCUAAAUAAGCAAAUAAAAAAUUUACCUGCUGUU